AUGGGCAUUAAGGGUUUGCAAGGAUUUGUGGCGAGAGUUUGCCCUGAUGCAUGCAGAAUGGUAGAUCUGAAAGAGACGGCAGAAAGACAUCGCAUCAAUCAUCCUGAUUUCCCGCCCGUUAUUGUAGUAGAUGCCAUGAAUUGUGUUAGGUACUGGUACACACCAGAAUUCUGGGUGUGUGGUGGCCAGUGGCGGGAGUACCUUGCCAAUUUAGAGGACUUUAUUAAAGCUUUUAUGGCAGCUGGUAUCGAGUUGGUGUUUUACUUUGAUGGAGUGGUAGAGGAGAAGAAGAGAGAUGAGUGGAUCAAACGGAGGUGCCAGAAUAACAAGGAGAUAGCCAGAAUAUUUCAAUUUAUCAAGACUCACAGGAGACAACCAGGGAGAGAAAUGUUCACUAUUCCUUCAGCUUUGCCUACUUUUACACGUUAUGCCCUCAAGUCGCUUGGUCAAAAAACAGUGUGCACGUUGAGAGAGGCAGACUUUGAGGUGGCUGCAUAUGGUUUGCAACACAACUGCAUAGGAAUUCUUGGGCAAGAUAGUGACUACCUCAUCUAUAAUACAUGCCCCUACUUUUCCAUUGAGAAGCUCCGUUUGGACAGACUGGUCACCAUUAUGUACUCUAGAGAAGAUCUUUGCCGCACGUUGGGUCUUAGUUUGAUGCACCUCCCUCUCUUUGCUUCCUUACUUGGCAAUGAUGUUGUUCCAGAGAGCUUGUUGGAAGACUUCUGGCAUAAAUGUUUAGUCACCAGUCCCCAUAAGAAUAACAGCUACAGCAGAAGAGCAAACAUACUUCUAGCUGUAGCAAAUUACAUCUCAAAAGUUCCAUGCUCAUACAGCAGCCUGAAACACUUGGAAGAGACACUACCUUUGGGAUCAGACAAGACAUUACUUUACAGAGGAGUGGAGUCCUAUCUUCUGCCCGGGCAGCAGUCUCCAUGGAUUCCUUCCAACUUAAGAAAUUCCCAAGUGGUCUGCCUUCAGCAACAAACAACCUUGUGUCAAGAUCAAGAAAUCUUUCAGUUAGCUAAAGAACAACAUAUCCAAUCCGAAAAUUAUACAAUCUUCAACAUCUUAAGUAACGGAGAGCUUGAAUGUAGCAACUCUUUGGAAGAUUACUGUGAUACAGAGAUUCCUGGACAGGCACUUAUCUACCGCCCUGCUCGUCAGCAUAUUUAUUCUGUCUUGUUGGAAUCUGAAAAAGGUGGAGCCUGUCCUUUGGUAAAAGAGUGGUUUGUCUAUUUUGGAAAUCCUCUCCAGCAGCCAGAGCUGAUACAACCUGUGCAACCUUCUGUUCCAGGUGGAAUGCCUAAUUUGAAAACAUUGUGGUUUGCCAAAGGACCUGAUGUGGAAAAACAACGGUAUAGUACGUUUUUGGCAUGCUUUCACCUUCAGGAUGGAAUGGAAGAGCUCCAAGCUCUAGAAGCACCUGUUGCAGGAUUCUGCUGCUUGCUGGCCUAUCUUAUGAUGCAGGUCAGUAGCCUCUCUCUGGAGGACUUAAAUGCAUUUGUGGCACUCGUUCUCUCUCUCAAAGGAAAGUCAGCUGCUCAGCUGGCAGAGCUGCAGCUUGAGCAAGUGGAUCCCAGAGCUGUACAUCUCGGUGCUGUAUUUGUUCGUGGCCUUACAACUUUACUCAUGGCCAACAGUGCCUGUGGGUUUCCAUUCAGAAUGGAUGAUUUGAUGCCUUGGAAAGUGUUUGACGGAAAACUUUUUCAAGAAAAGUACCAGCAGUCGCACCGAGGUUGCCCUUUGGAGGAGCUUUUGGAAGGCAAUGAGUCUUUGUAUGCACCCUUCCACAAUCUGAAGUCUUUCAUUUGCAAGGUUUGCAUGGUGAAGAAAAGAACAAUACAGAGCAGACCAAGAGGGAAUGAAUUUAUCACAGGGAUGCAGCAAAGACAAUUUAAUCCCAGAUUCCAACAAAGACGCAGAAGUUUUGUUCCUCCAUAUCAUAACCAGAUGAGGGGGUUCCUGUGGAGAAAUCCUCAACCACAAGGUAGAGAAUAUGGAUUGGGACAUCAAGGCCAAAGAAGAAGAUUUCAGCUUCCUCCUCGGUAA